AUGGCUGCCAAUCCGGCCCCGGCAUUGGCACCAGAAUUCAUCAUGGGAGCGCCUCCCGUGACAUUGCCGCAGAGCUCGCCAUUGGAUCAGUUCUUGAACAUCGUGAGUCAGGUGAGCGAUCACAUUCGUCCAACCAAGCACCAAUUGCGGUGGCCAGAAUGGAUGGUGUUGACCCGAUUGCGUGAGGCAUUGGCGAUCUUCUAUGUGCAUUUGGCAUCAAUUGCCUCCACCUUGGAAUUGCACCAAUGGAAGAAUGCUCUGAUUGAGUCCACGCAGGUCAUUGACCACUACGUCACGUUGACAUUGAACGAAGGCAUCAUUCACCUGGAUUGCCCAGUGAUUCUUGAGAUUGCCGAGAUGAUUCAUGAUGCAUUGUCUGCAUAUUGUCGACAGUUGUCGAGAUUUACAGGGAGGAUUACAGGAAUUGAAGUUCAAUUGGGAUGGACCAUUGCCAACAAAUGGUCACGCACAUCGACCCCAGAUGGCUAUUCUGUCCAUUGCGGUUACGCAAAUUGCGCCUUCCUGAAUUUGCUCCACAUUUGCAAUCGAUGCAUUGCACACAUGAGAGCAACGGACAUUGCUGAUGGAAUUCCCGUAUUCUCAUUGAAUCUGUCAUUCCUGCUAUUGGACAAGACUGUCGAAUGCUAUUGUGCAUUGAAGUCGAUUUUCACCCGGGCCAUUGCAGUGACAACGUUCAAUUGCCGUCAGUAUGGACCAGUUGAUGGAUUGGUCGACUGGUUUGCUUGUUUAGCAUUGCCGGCUUCGAUCAUUGAGUCAUUGGUGAGCGGACGCGUCACAGAGAUCCCAACUCCAUUGGGACAAUUGAAUCCACAAUUCAGUGUGGAUGCGGCCUUGCGCAAAUUGUGCCAUUGGUACCGCCAAAGCCGAUUCUCGCGCAGUCAGUGCGCAGAAAUGGUGAAAGUAUUGAUCUUCAGGCCCACGAGAUUGAUGAUGGACACACGAUUGAAAAAUCCUGAAGGGGUUGGCGGAUUCCUUAAGUAUCACAAUUGCUCGUUUCUCAGUUGUUCCUGGUGUCUCACCAUUGACAGCACCCAGAACCAGAUUGGUGGUGAAUACACCUAUUGUCUGGAUGGGAUUGUUCGCCAGCAUUGCAUUGUUCUUGCAUUGGCUACAGUGAAUGUGGAAGGAUUGGCUUCAUUGAUGCGCAACUCGAGCUACGAGCAUUGGUACCCCACGGAAGCCGUGCAUCGUCAUUGCACAUUCCCUGUCUCGAGCGUGCAGAUUGAGGUGUUCCCGAACUCAUGCUAUUGUCGGAAAAUUGCGAAGAAGUUCCGGCCGACGACAUUGCAACAAGUGCAGGAAUUGGACCCGGAACGGAUUCCGGAUCCUCGUCUUCAUCAUUGA